UUUGCAGAUCAUAUAUAAUUGUGUAGUUAGCUGUGUAUUUAUGAUUUAUGGAAUAUUGUUGGCUCAUACUCAAACUCUGUCUGUUACUGGCACUUGGUAGAAAUGGAAUUACUCAGAAAUCAGAAGGAGAUCUGUACACAGAACUUCUCGAAGACUAUGAACCACUGGAACGUCCGAUUGAAAACAGUUCAGAGGCAGUAAUGGUUAAAAUGGGGUUGGUACUUCAACAAAUUGUAGAUGUAGAUGAAAAGAAUCAAGUUGUUGAUGUUAAUGCGUGGCUCAAAUUCUCAUGGGUUGAUUAUUCUUUGAAAUGGAAACCAGAAGAUUACGGUGGAGUUACUGAUUUGAGAUUUCGAAAAGGACAACUAUGGACACCUGAUGUAUUGAUGUAUAACAGUGCGGACCCACAAUUUGAUAGUAGAUAUGCAUCAAAUCUUUUAGUUUAUCCUAAUGGAUUGGUUAAUUGGAUGCCUCCAGGUCUCUACCGUCUCUCGUGUAAAAUCCAAGUUGUUUGGUUUCCAUUCGACGUUCAAGAAUGUUUCCUAAAGUUUGGGUCAUGGACAUUUGAUGGUACUAAAUUAAAUCUAGAGAUUGACGAUAAUGGAUUUGAUAUCUCGAAUUAUAUGCAAAAUGGAGAAUGGACUCUUGAAGGUACCACGGUGAAAAGGAAUAUCCAAUAUUAUCAAUGUUGUCCGGAACCUUAUUAUGAUUUGGUCUUUACUUUUGUGAUUCGUAGGAGAGCUUUGUAUUAUGCAUUUAAUCUGAUUCUUCCCUGUAUCCUUAUCACAAUGCUCACUCUUGUCGGCUUCACAUUUCCACCUGAUGCUGGAGAGAAGAUGUCAUUGCAAAUCACAAUCAUGCUCUCCAUUUGCAUUUUUCAAAAUUACGUGGCUGAACUUUCUCCUCCAACUUCCGAGGCUGUUCCUUUUCUUAGUGCAUUUUUUGCUGUGUGUCUAUUCACAUGUGCAUGCUGCGUGACAGCUACAACUUUAGCUUUGAACUUUCAUCACAGAACGGGAAAAUCACAUCAAAUGAACAAUACGUUUCGUCUCCUGAUGCUUGAAUGGAUUCCAUGGUUACUUAUGAUGCGUCGACCUGGAUAUGUUGCAAGAUGUGGGAAGAUUGUGAAACAAGAUGAUUCGGAAGAUGAAUUUGAAGAACGGCAAACACGGUUGGAUCAACAGAGAAUUGCAACAAUUAUCAGUCAGAUUACUGUUGAAUCCAAUAAACCAACUCCAACGUUUCCACGUCGAGUAACCAUUGUAGAUGAAGUAAAUUCAGAUGGAGAAGCAGAAGAACCAUUACCACCAGAUGAAGUUAUACGAGAAGAAGAUGAUGACGUGGCAUCAAUGGAUGAUCCUCCAGCAUGGAGAUCCACAACAACAACAUCUCAGCCUCCUCAAUCACCUGCUCAUUUAUGGUGGAAUGCAACAAAUCGAAUGGGAAAUCGAGUUCCUGUUGAACAAAUUGCACAGCUUCUAGUCUUACAGCAAGUACAUGGACAUUUAUCGGAGAUCAACAAACAUAUUCGAGAAAGAGAAAAAUCGAAAAAAAUAGAAGAUGACUGGAAAUUUUCUGCUUUGGUAGUGGAUCGUAUUUGCAUGGUAAUCUUCACUUCAUUUUUAUUUGGCUCCACAGUUGCUCUUUUUGCUUCAGUUCCAAACAUCACCAGAUCUUUUUAAUUCAAUUUUUGUAACAAAAACAAGUACGGGUUUAAUUUCGCAUAUUGAUUUGUUUGUGCUUCUUUCAAAAUUAAUUGAGAUUUUUAUCAUUGUUUCAACUUUGUCUGUUUUAUUUUCUCUGAACGUUCCCCUAAUAAAAAUGUUUAAUUUCA